UUUCGUAUCGGCUUCGUUCAGUGUAGUGGGAAGACGACUUGACGCUGCCUCCUAUCCUGGUGGAUGUGCUGCUGCUGUGCUGUGGUCGGAUAGCGAUGGAGAUGCCGGACAGUUUUCAGGCCCUGGGUUCAAAUUGAACGAUAGAGAGAAGUGCUUAUGUCUAUGGUUCGAGUCCUUGCCCAGGUGUCGAUUGUUAGUGUCUUUGUAACUGUUUCGGUCUAGAUUGUCGUGCCUUUUUCGUGACGGGGAAAAAAAGAAGAUCAACACGAUCUGCUUUCCCUUCGGCGCGACGUGAGUAGUAGCUAAUACGUCAUUGGUCACAGUUUAUACUGCCCUUGGUACCCUCUUGGUUAUUCGAACAAACUGGAUUACCUACUGGUGUUCUUUGGAUAAUAUCGGAGCUGUGAAGGAGAGACAGCCUCCAAAAGUGUGGAUUGCAAUUGAGCGUCUACUGCUGUGAUAAGUAAAGUAGAGGAACUCUAGAGAUAAGGGCAGUCAAGACAGAGACCAGCCAACAUUGCCGCCAUGCCGGCCACCAGGAAGCCAGACACCUGCCUCUAUGAUGUGCUGGGGAUAGAAAGAAGUGCCACAGAGCAAGAAAUCAAGAAAGCGUACAGACGACUUGCUCUGAAAUGGCACCCUGACAAAAACCCAGACAACAAAGAUGAAGCAAAGAGGAAAUUCCAGGAAAUUUCAGAAGCUUAUGAUAUACUUUCAGACAAGAAGAAACGAGAAGUGUAUGAUCUCUACGGCAGAGAGGGUGUCUUGGGUGGAGGUCAUGGAACACAUGAGGACUUCAGCUACGAUCCGUCCAACUUUGGAAACUUCCACUUCCAGUUCAGAAGCCCAGAGGAGAUCUUCCGAGACUUUUUCGGCACAGAUGACCCUUUUGCUAGCUUUUUUGGUGGUGGGCAGAGAAAUGGCAACAUGUUCGACCAAUCUUUUCCAGGGUUCCCAUCUGGGAACAGCUUCGCCUCUUCCUUCUUCUCCCAAGACCCCUUCGCUAGCUCAGGUUUUGGCCGACCAUUCCGAAGACGUCGAGUGGAUCACAAUGCUAGGAGGUUUGGUGGGAUCCAGGUGCACCACGCCCACCACCACCCGUUCCUGGGCUUGACCUCCUCCCGCGUGCACCUAGGCUUUCCCAUGAUGACCAUGAUGAGCGACCCAUUCUUCGGCCUCGGCGCCACCCCUGGAGUGGCUCAUUUCUCCAGCACAAGUUUUGGGGGUCCAACACUAGGGGGCAACUUCCGUUCCACCUCAACAUCGACUAAAGUCGUCAACGGCAAACGCAUUGUCACCAAGAAAGUGGUGGAGAACGGCCAGGAGACGGUGAUGAUUGAGGAGGACGGAGUCCUCAAGUCCAAGAGCAUCAACGGGGUCCCACAAGCCCUGGACGGGCCCACCUCCAAGCCCAGCAUCCGCGCCUAACGGGAACUACCGCCCACUACUACCAACACUACUACUACAACAGCCUUUGUUUGUCGCCAUCUCUCCUCUCAUUCACCCAGUCAGACUGUGACACUUUCCUCCCUCUCUCCCGUGCCGGGCCUCGAGAGAGAACGGAGCUCGCUGCCGGCGAUUCUUUUGGUCAAAGCUCCAUAGUUUGAUAUUGUCUCAUUUCCUCAUUUUCAUUUUGUCACUUCAUUCUGAUUUUUUUUUUGGGUUUUUUUUUUCGACUUUCCCUCAUGUACAAGUACUUUGCUUUAUUUUGAAAUAAUUUGAAUUUGAACAGUUUUUGUUUGAAUUUGCAGGCUGAAAAGCUGUGGUUAUAGAUGAUAUUCAUUUGGUAUAUUUAAAGUAAUUUCAGAAUAUUGAUGCCGUUUCGUUCUUGUUUUAUGCAUUUGUAAAAUAAAUAAUUAGAAUUAAUUUGACACAUGGCAAAGCUCAUAGCUUUUUUUGGGUUAGCCGUAGCUCGAGUGGAGUUAUUUUUUGUUUGUCCAAGAAUGAGCCAAAGGUUCAGCCUAUGCUCUCACUUAAACUUAUUUAGAGGUAAAGGGUUUGUGUGGAGAUUUGAAUCAAGUUUGUCAAGUUGUAGUUAGGUUGGUUGUUGUCUGAUGACAUAAGUUCUGUUCUAUAAGGUUUGGUUUUUAUUUAAUUUUGGUCUUUCAGAUUCUUCACUUCAUUUUUGCAAGAACUGUUUUGGGUUUUUUUUUUUUUUCUUCAAAUGUUUGCAUAUCAUCUAUAAUUGAAUUUGAUUGAUGAUGUACAGCAAAGGGACGAUUCAGCAUCUGAAUGAAGAUACUUCAUCCAUUGGGAGCGUAUUGUGCCCGUACUUGUCAUGUGUACUGAGAUAUUUGCUUUGUGACUGGCGUAGUAGAUGACAGAUACAGGAGACCCCAUAUAGCACUGCACAGCGUGACACAGUGGCACAAAAGUAGGUUGAAUGAUAGAAGUAGGAUUUUCUUGCGUCAUCAUUUAUCAUUGCUCAGGAAAGAAAGAAAGCGUUUCCCCUCCACGCAACAUUGUGUCAUUUUGCCGGUACUUGUGGAAGAAAUCCAUAGAAAACUAUGUCAAAGUAAUAAUAUGUGGUCCCCUUAUGGAUUGAGUUUUUUUUUUGCUGUGUGACCUGUUGUAUAGACCAGUUGCCAACUCAACAAUGAAGGUCUUCAAUAUCCCCUGAAGACUGUGAGAUAAAGGGUGAGCCCCCGCCCCCCAAUCAUGUUUUUUGAACUGUGAUUAUAAUUAUCACUUCUUGAGGUGUUGACUUCUCGUGAAUUUCAUCUACAUUCAUCUUGGAAACCUGUGAGUGGUGUACAUGGUGGUCCUGUGGUGUGACGUGCCUCCGUGUCCCGUGUGGUGUGACAUACGUCCUUCUCUUAUCCAAGCUAGGGGGGCACCCGGAGAACUGCACUUUAACACUUUUUAUCAGGGGUCAGUUUUUUUCUCCUCUACUGAUGUUCAAGCCAACUGAACAUUCGAUGUCAUUUUUUUGGUGUUCUCGUUGAAUUUUAAAAACAAGAGUCCUGUUUUUUAAUCUGAAAUGUGCAGUGCAUGUCUUGGGAUGCUGGAAAUGCUGUAGCCCUCACAAGGUGGUGUGGAUAUUUCUGGAAGUGUGUAGAGCAUCCACAGGUUUGCACUGUACUAAGGGGCUGACCCACAUUUUGUAUAGAACCUUUCGGUUUUUUUCUUUUCCCAGACUAUUUGUUCAACCCAAAUUCUUCCUCUUACGGCAGCUUCACUUUUCCCUCGAGUCUGUUGUUCAAAUGUUUUAGCACAACUAAAUGUAGAUGUUCCGAUCGUUCUAAGUGCAACUGGCCCUUUGCAGACAAAAGAAAAUUGAGAGGCCUUUUUUUAAACUUAGAAAAAAAGAAAAUGUGAAAAAUUGUAAUAUAUACCUUUCUCACUUUUGUACACGCUCAUUCUGGAAGUCAUCUUUGCAUUUGAACUAGAGCAGGUCAUUUAACAUCUUCAUGUUCUCAACACAAGACUGUAUCAGUCCCAUGAAUUGUGAUAAUGUGUGUGUUGUGAGCUGGAGGUAGUUUGUGUUGUAUGCUUACUUGAUCCGGUACAGCUACUUUGUUAUGCCCGCAAGUAAAAUUAUAUAACUUUAUAAUAUACAUAUAGUGUUGUCCGUUGUUUGGUCCGACUGCAGAGAGAAUAUGAUGUCCUGAGUGAGUGAAGACAGCCAGUGAAGUCUUGGUGUAUUUGUGCUCUCCUAGCCUGACUGAAAUCUGAGUUAGGACGAACAUAUAUAUUUUUAUAUAUUCUGUAUUUUAGUGAAAGACUGUGUGCUUUUUUUAGGCUUUGAAGUUAUCCCAUAGCUGACAAAGCUUCUGCUCUGAAUCUUGAUGGUAUGUCAUGGGGAUGCUAACUCCUGGCAUAGCCUGUGCACAUACCAGUUACACUCACAUUAUCAUGUUCCAUCUGCGUAUCUUUGAAAACAGGACAAGUCACAAUUUUACUUUGUCUGCUUUUCUCAAAACUUACUUAGGCCCCCUCAAAAUAUCUUUAUAUCCAAUUCGGUUCAAAAGUCAAGGUUAGUCCUAUGUAAAUGAGUAUCGUCUUUGAUUUAAACAUGGGCUUAAUUUCAUUUUUUUAAAAUGCCUUCUGUAAAAUGAAGCUAAUGAUAGAUAUGCUGAUUACUAGCAACAGGGACAGCUUGAUUCCCCCAGUGUCCUUGUUCUGCAGUCACUCACAGAGGGGGCUCGUCUGUUUCCUUACAGAAGCGUUAGUUCCUCCCCUCCCCCCUAGUCUUUUCACUCAUGUGGUAGAUUGCCAUAUCAAUUUUUCCUUCGACCAUUGUUCAAUCAAUAGAAGUUGAAAGGACUCGCAACAAAUAAACAGGAAACAGCAGGUUUUUAGUGAUGUGAGGAGAGGUGAUGCUGUUUUGUCACAAGUUGUAGUGUCUGUUUCUUUCUUCUGCCGCGUCCCUGUGUACAGUCAUACAGUUGUAGCCUUGUUUUCACACUGUUUUGGUGUAUAUGCUUGCGUUGUCUCUGGUGUAUAUUGUAGUUUAAUUGGUCUCUAUCUGUUGUAAUUUUAUGAAGCAAAGCAAAAAAAAAAGGUAAAUAUAUAAAAAGAACUUGCAUAUUUCAAUGAUGUUCAUUCUUUUGAAGAUAUCGAACAGUAAAUAAACACAUUUGUUCACUGCA